CGCCAUCUUGGUAAAGGGGGCUGCGCGACUGAAGGCCCGCCGCAGCUGUACAGUACUAACCGUGGUGCAUACGUAAUCAGCGUCACUACCAAGAGUGGUGAGUAGCAGGAGCUGUUUCCUCGAAGAUGGCGGGGUGCAGACGUGUUCAACUGCUUUCACUGCUGUGGAUGGUGGUUUUAGUUCCCGUGUGUGGAGUGAAAGACAUCCCUGCUAAUGCUCUCAACAGUGCGAACUUUAAACCAAAUGCUGCCAACUCUGAACAGGCUGUCGCGGGCCCGGUCACACAGACUCGCCGGACUAACGCCUGGAAGCUGGCCGAUGAGGAGGCCUGUCGUGAAGACCUGACCCGGUUGUGUCCCAAACAUACCUGGGGCAACAACCUUGCCGUGCUCGAGUGUCUGCAAGAUCGGAAGGACGACUCGGAAAUUUCUUCCGACUGCAAUCAUCUUUUAUGGAACUACAAACUUAACUUAACAACUGAUCCCAAGUUUGAGUCUGUAGCAGUGGAUGUCUGUAAAAGCACAAUUUCUGAGAUUAAAGAAUGUGCUGAGGAAGAGAGGGGGAAAGGCUAUUUAGUGUCCUGUUUAGUUGAUCACCGUGGAAACAUCACAGAGUACCAGUGUCAUCAAUACAUUACCAAAAUGACUGCAAUAGUCUUUAGUGAUUUCAGGCUCAUCUGUGGCUUUAUGGAUAGCUGCAAAGAAGAUAUUAACAUUCUGAAAUGUGGCAGCAUUAUAACAGGGGAGAAGGACAUACAUUCACAAGGUGAAGUAAUUGCUUGCCUGGAGAAAGCAUUAGUAAAGGAAGCGGAGAUUCAAGACGGUAGACCUCCGAUCAAGGAAGAAUGCAAAAAAUCCAUUCUGCGAGUUGCUGAGCUCUCAUCAGAUGAUUUUCACCUUGACCGAUACCUCUACUUUGCCUGCCGUGAUGACAGGGAACGCUUUUGUGAAAAUACUCAGGCUGGUGAAGGCAGAGUUUACAAGUGUCUCUUUAACCACAAAUUUGAAGAAUCCAUGUCUGAGAAGUGUCGAGAUGCAUUGACAACGCGGCAGAAGCUGAUUGCUCAGGAUUACAAGGUCAGCUACUCCCUUGCAAAGGCUUGCAAAGUGGAUUUGCGUAAAUAUCGUUGUAAUGUGGAAAACCUCCCCCGUGCCCGAGAAGCACGUCUGUCCUAUCUCCUGUUAUGUCUAGAGUCAGCUGUGCACAGAGGUCGGACAGUCAGUGGUGAGUGUCAAGGAGAAAUGCUGGAUUAUCGAAGAAUGUUAAUGGAAGACUUCUCACUGAGCCCGGAGAUAGUCCUGAAUUGCCGUGGUGAAAUUGAGCACCAUUGUUCUGGCCUUCACCGCAAGGGGCGCACUCUUCAUUGCCUCAUGAGAGUUGGCAGAGGGGAGAAGGGUAACCUUGGUGCUGUUUGCCAGCAGGCAUUACAAACACUUAUCCAGGAGACUGAUCCUGGUGCUGAUUACAGAAUUGAUCGUGCCCUGAAUGAAGCUUGUGAAUCUGUUAUUCAGACAGCCUGCAAACAUAUACGUAAUGGAGAUCCCAUGAUUCUAUCAUGUCUGAUGGAGCAUCUUUACACUGAAAAGAUGGUGGAAGAUUGUGAGCAUCGCCUUCUUGAGUUGCAGUACUUUAUAUCCCGGGACUGGAAGCUUGAUCCAAUUCUGUACCGCAAGUGCCAAGGAGAUGCUGCUCGACUUUGUCAUACUCAUGGCUGGAAUGACACUAGUGAAGUUAUGCCACCUGGGGCCAUUUUCUCCUGCUUGUAUCGACAUGCUUAUCGCACAGAGGAACAGGGACGUAGGUUAUCACGAGACUGCAAGGCUGAGGUUCAGCGAAUACUUCACCAGCGUGCUCUUGAUGUGAAACUUGAUCCCUCCUUGCAAGAAAGAUGCAUGAAAGACUUGGGCAAAUGGUGUAGUGAGAAGACGGAGAGUGGACAGGAACUCGAGUGUCUGCAGGAUCACAUGGAGGACCUGAUGACUUCUUGCAGAGAGAUUGUGGGCAAUCUAACAGAGUUGGAGUCUGAGGACAUUCAGAUUGAAGCUUUGUUAAUGAGAGCCUGUGAGCCCAUCAUUCAGACCUACUGCCAUGAAGUUGCAGACAACCAAAUAGAUACAGGAGACUUAAUGGAGUGUCUAGUUCAGAACAAGCACCAGAAAGAGAUGAAUGAGAAGUGCUCAGUUGGUGUUACACAUUUCCAGUUGGUUCAGAUGAAGGACUUUCGUUUUUCUUACAAGUUUAAAAUGGCCUGCAAAGAAGAUGUCCUCAAGCUCUGUCCUAACAUUAAAAAGAAGGUAGAUGUGGUUAUCUGCUUGAGUACAACUGUAAGAAAUGAUACCCUGCAGGAUAUAAAAGAUCAACGUGUUUCUCUGAAGUGUCGGAAACAGCUAAGAGUAGAGGAACUGGAAAUGUCUGAAGAUAUUCGUUUAGAACCAGAACUAUAUGACUCUUGCAAGCAAGACAUUGGAAAGCAUUGCCAGAAUGUACCCUAUGGAAAUGCUCAGAUGAUUGAAUGUCUGAAAGAUAAUAAGAAACAGUUGACUCAGCGCUGUCAUCAAAAGAUAUUCAAGCUGCAGGAGAAUGAAAUGAUGGAUCCUGAGUUAGAUUACACCCUCAUGAGGGUUUGUAAACAGAUGAUUAAGCGGUUUUGUCCCGAAUCAGACUCUAAGAACAUGCUGCAGUGUCUUAAACAGAAUAAGAACAGUGAGCUGAUGGAUCCAAAGUGUAAACAAAUGAUCACCAAGCGCCAAAUCACCCAGAGCAGUGAUUAUCGCCUAAAUCCAGUGCUUCGAAAAGCCUGUAAGGCAGAUAUUCCAAAGUUUUGUGAGAGCAUUCUCAUCAAAGCCAAAGAUGACAGUGAGCUUGAGGGACAAGUCAUUUCUUGUCUAAAACUUAAAUAUGCAGAUCAGCGUCUUUCUCCAGAUUGUGAAGACCAGAUCCGAGUAAUUCUUCAGGAAUCUGCACUUGACUAUAGGCUAGACCCCCAGCUUCAGCUGCAUUGUUCUGAUGAGAUAUCUAGUUUGUGUGCAGAGGAGGCUGCUGCUCAGGAGCAAACUGGACAAGUUGAAGAAUGUUUGAAGGCAAACUUACUCAAGAUUAAAAAUGAACAGUGCAAGAAGGAAGUGCUUAACAUGUUGAAAGAAAGCAAAGCAGACAUUUUUGUGGAUCCAGUCUUGCAUACUGCAUGUGCGCUGGAUCUUAAACAUCAGUGUGCAGCAAUCCUUCCAGGAAAAGGAAGACAGAUGUCUUGUCUAAUGGAAGCACUAGAAGAUAAACGGGUUCGUUUGCAACCAGAGUGCAAGAAGAGAUUACAGGACCGCAUUGAGAUGUGGAGCUAUGCAGCCAGGGUAGCACCAGCAGAGGGGUUUGCUGACCUGGCUAUGCAAGUGGUGAUGUCUCCCUCAAAGAACUACAUACUGUCAAUGAUGGCACUUUGUGUUUGUAUGCUGUUCCUGGUUGGAAUUCUUUGUGGCCGUAUAACCAAGCGUGUAACACGUGAGCUUAAGGACAGGUAGAACUACCUUGAUUGUAUGUACCCCAGUUUUUCCUCUGUCUAUUCCUGCCUUUUUCCAACCACUGCUCUCAUCAUUCUGUCAUGUCUUGGACCUGUACAGCCAAGCUCUGGGGAACACCUUGCAGCUAAAUUCCUUCAGUGCCACUCUUCUCCAGCUGAAGCUUCAGCAGUGAUUCCACCUGUCUUACAGUCAAGCCUGAGUUUGACAAGGCAGGUUGUUCCCCUCCUGCCAGCUAAGAGACUUGUUCAGUUACUUUUAGUCGUGUUUAUCCACUGUGUAUAUCUGCCAUCCUUCAAUCAAAUGGACCUUAACAUGAGGGCUCAAGGAGUUCUUGAUGUAAAGACGAAUCAUUCAGAAUUCUCUGUCACUUUUGCUUCUGCAUGUUUUAUUUUCUUAUGCAAUUUUUUGGGAAUGGGGGAGGGAUGAUUUUGGGUUUGGUCUGGUGCUGGUGAGUAGCACUAAUGCUCUUUAACAUCUAACCACUUCCUAUUUUUGCGGUGCCAUUUUUUUUUCCAUGUUGGUAUUGCACUUCAUUGGGAAUGGGCGGCAGGGUUUUUCAGAAGAGAGGGGCUCUUGGCACAGAUGGAAAAGAUGUAUAUUUUUACUUGGACAGAACUAUUGAUUUCCUGUAUGCUGGCUUUAAAGUUUAUUGACUGUUUUAAUAUUUUAGGAUACAAAUUGAAGGUUAUUUGCACACAUUUUUUUUUUUUGGUUGGGGUGGGCAAGGUUUGGGGGAUUGUUAAAUAUUGGUCAGUCCUCAGCAAGACUUCCAGCUUUUGAAAUGUGACUGUUUUGAGCCUUUGAGCCUAGAAAAUUAUUUCAGAUUAUUGAAUGGCUACAGCUGGAGGUCUAGCAGACUGCUGUAAAAUAAAAAUUGAAUGGAUCUUCUCUUACAUGUAACCAUAUCAAAAUUUUUGUUGCCUUGGAGUGCAGUAUUCCAAAUCAUGAAGAUUCUGCCUUUUACAGUUUUUAGAGUCAUGUUUACUUCUCCUGUAUCUGUAAGUUGGAUACAUUUUGCAUCAGCCACCUUUUUGCAAAAAACAAUAUGAAUCUUGCAAGUUUCCUCCUGCCAUGUGAAGAAGUUGUAUGUCCUCUUCCCAUCUUUAGCAUUUUGCUGGUCUUUACAAAGGAUUCACCUAUUUAACUGCAUUCUGAGGCUGAUGAAUACAUUUUCUAUCUUUUGUCCUAAAGAAGGCUGAAUACCCUAAAGUGAGUAUUGAUUUAGAGUUAUUGUUCUUUUAGAAGAAAUCAAGGUUCUUUUUUUUGCUCUGUGUUCAAUUAAUUUGAAAGAGCAACUGUUGGAAGUGUACUUUCCAAAAGGUAGUUUGUAUUUUUUUUAUUUAACUCGUCUCACUUUCAUUUUGGCCAAAUAUAACUAUUUAUUAAAAUAAAUCAGUAAAGCCUUUCUUUUUGGUUUUCCUCUGGUUUCCUUCCUUUUAUCUGUGGUUUUCCUCUGUACAGAAGUGUUUUAGUAUGGGACAAUCUUAAAAUUUGCCAUUCAGACAAUAUGGUACUGCACAAGAAGCUGAGACUGUUUUCAAUACUUGCUUUUUUUUUCUGUGCGAGUGUGCUUGUCAUCUAUCCUCUUGUUCAAACAGGCUUUUUGUAGGAAAUGUUGAGUUCUUUCCUCUACAACAUUCUAUGGGUUGAUAGCUAACUGAUUGGCUCAUUUGUACUCCCAGUUUGUUCCUGCCUUAGGUGCAUUGUUGCCAGAAAGUCUCUGUGUCAAUACUGCCUUGCACUCAGAAAAUUAGAUUCAGGAAAGGAAUGGAUUGGUGGAUGGAGAUUCUUUCAAUGUGGCAGAGGUUCGUUUGAGGAGCCUAAAUAAAUUAAUUGGUAGAGGUGAGACCAGAUAGUUUAAUGUAAAUGGUUAAACUCUGUAAUACCAGAUGUCACUGCAUAUUCUAGCUGUGCAGAAGCAGUUGAAAAGAUGAAGCCAUAAAUGUUGGUACUAGUAGUUAAUUUAGGGUCUGCAUUCUUUUACAGAAUAUGUGAUCUUUUGAAUUAUGCAUCUUCUAUAUAUGCAUUUAUUAAGUUGAACACUCCCCUAACCCAACCCCCCCCUUUUUUUUCUCAUCUUUAGUCUGUCUUAAUAUGUGGUUGUGUGUGUUUGGGUAUGUGUGGUCUUUGAUUGACAGGUGCCAUGUCCAGGGUUGGUUCCUACUUUGCAGUCAGUGCUGCCAGGAUAGGCUUCAGCCCACCAUGACCCUAAAAUUGGAUUACAAAGAUUAAAGAUUUAAUGAAUUUAAAGUUUUUUUCUGUUCAUAUGUUUUAAUCAGUAGAAUAUAAGAGACACUGUUUAUUUUAUUUGUUUAUGUGAUUUGUGAGUUAUUAAUAUAAAAACUUUGCAGGUUUAGUAACAAUUUACCAUUUGCCUUCAAUAUAUUGUUUAAUUUUGAAGAAAAGAAGACUGGAAUGACUACAGGCAAGAUGUUUUGCCCAGCUUUUACUCUGAUAUGUUAAUUGUUUUGCCUGGUCAGCAACUUGAAGCUCUGAAAGCAAACAUGAAAGCAUGCUAAUAAGGCUAUAUCUAAAAACAUAAAUUUUUAAAAGUGAUACUUGUAUAUUGAAGUGUAAAUAACUGACAGUGGUCCCUCAAUCUCAGAGGCCAUUAAAAACACUGAAAGUGUCCUGUUUUCUGGCUCUGACUGUAAAUGAAGCCUAUUGGUCUUAAAUUUAGCUAUACUACUACUUAGUUUCUCAGAUUACAUUGUUGACUUUGGACAUUUUUACAAGCUGAAUAAUCCUUGCAAAAGUAAAACAAAAACACUUGUACUGGCUUUGUUUGUAGGCUCAUGCUGUACUCUUAAUUUUGCAUAAAAUUAAAAUGUGUGUAUUUAUAGAUUAUACAUGAUUCAAAAUGUCCAGAUUUUCUAGAACAAAAUAAAUAACCAUAAUUUUAGUUAUAGUUGCAUGUUAAAUUUGUGAGAUCCCAUUUUGAAUUUUGAUUUUAGUUUUUUUUUUUUUUUUUUGCCAGUAAAAUGUUUCAUUUCAUUGUUUUCUCUUCCAAAAAUGUGUUUUCUUGUACUGAGGAACACUAAUUUGUCACACUGGUGAAAUUGGUAUUCUUAAUGUGAUUAGCUAAAGCAGCUGAGCUGAUAAUUGACUGUUUAUUAAAGGAAUUUGCUCUGGGAGCAGUUUGGGAAAUAAUAUUAAAGCAUGUAUUUCUACUUUUAAUUUGAAAUUCACUGGUGUACCAAGCAGUGUACAUUUAACAUAUGAUACCCUUAUCUAAUUAUGAGAUUUAAAAAAUAAUUUGUUUAUACCACCAUGAGUACUGAGUAAAUGUAAAAUGGGGCAAGUAUUUUGUUUCAGUAUUGUCAGAAAAGAGAGCAGGUAAGAAAAUGUUGGUUAAUACUGAUUAAACAUGUAGACUUGUGGAUGCUGUAAUGCCCAUACUGCAAUAAAUAGUAAUGAAAAACGUAAGUAUAUUUGCAUUUAAAAAGAGUAGAAAAUGGAAGAAUGUUGGGUAUAUUAUGAUGAGAGUUAGGCCUCACCAAUAUGUUUGCAACAAUUGUGCCAGUUAAUUUUGCAGUGUUUUAGAACUGUCUUUUAAUAAUCUAGAAGCCAACAGCCCUUUCAUAAUGGAGUUAGUGUGAACUUGAACUAUAAAAUAAGCAUUGUCUGCAACUGGGGAAUUUUGAAGAUGAAUGAGUAAUUUUUUAUCUAGUAAUACAACACAACCAAACUUUUUUUUUCAUUUUGUGCAUCUCCAGUCAUCAGUUGCUAGGUUAAAAAGGCCUAUCAGAUGUUCUUGAAACCAGUAGCUUAUAUUUGUCAGUAAAGAGUGAAAUUUCCUUAAAUAAAGCAUUGGUUUUGUACAACUUCUUUCAUGUAUAAAACAUGAAUAUACCAAUUUUGUUCUACUGACUCUGCCAUGUAACUGAGAUAUAACGAAGAGUAAUAUCUUGCACAUUUUUUGAUUUCUGUACAGAUAAAAUUGGACAAUUUAUUAAUAAAAAGUCUGCAGGUUUUUA